AUGGGGUGCGCGUGCUCCCAUCCCAGUGCGCUCGACGAGUCUCCGCCUCACAAACCCGCCGCAGAGAAGCCCCCCCCUCCCUCGCAGCAGCAGAGACCGCCAGCCGCCACUCCGCCUCCCGCCGCCGUCCCCGUGGUACCGGAGCCCCCUUCCAUAAAGGAUCCCCCACCCCCCGCCAAACCAGCGGCGCCGCCAACAGUAGCAGCCGCUCCAGCGGCGGUAGCCGCAGCUCCGGCCGCCGCGAAGGGCAGUUCGCGGCAGAGCGGGCAACUGGGGGCGGGGGAGGAGGGGGCGGAGCGGGAGAGACGGAAGGAGCGGGAAAAGGAGAAGGAGAAGGAGAAGGAGCGAGAGCGGGAGCGGGAUCGAGAGCGGGCGGGAGAUGCGGUAGUGCCGGCGGCGGUGGCGUCGGUGCCGCGGCAGGUGCACAAGAGCCUGGAGGCGGAGCAGGUGGCGGCGGGGUGGCCGUCGUGGCUCGCCUCCGUCGCCAGCGAGGCCAUCAAGGGCUGGGUGCCGCGCCGCGCCGACUCCUUCGAGAAACUCGACAAGAUCGGGCAGGGCACGUACAGCAACGUGUACAAAGCGCGCGACCUGGAGAGCGGGCGGCUGGUAGCGCUGAAGAAGGUGCGCUUCGACAACCUGGAGCCGGAGAGCGUGCGCUUCAUGGCGCGCGAGAUCGAGGUGCUGCGGCGCCUGGACCACCCCAACGUGAUUCGCCUGGAGGGGCUGGUGACGUCGCGCAUGAGCUGCAGCCUGUACCUCGUCUUCGAGUACAUGGAGCACGACCUCGCCGGCCUCGCCGCCUGCCCCGGCAUCUCCUUCACCGAGGCGCAGGUGAAGUGUUACAUGCAGCAGCUGGUGGCGGGGUUGGAGCACUGCCACACGCACGGCGUGCUGCACCGCGACAUCAAGGGCAGCAACCUGCUGCUCGACAACACGGGGUCGCUCAAGAUCGCCGACUUCGGGCUCGCCACCUUCUACCGCCCCGAGCAGAACGUGCCGCUCACCAGCCGCGUGGUGACGCUGUGGUACCGCCCGCCCGAGCUGCUGCUCGGCGCCACCACGUACGGCGUCGGCGUCGACCUGUGGAGCAGCGGCUGCAUCCUCGCCGAGCUGCUCGCCGGCAAACCCAUCAUGCCCGGCCGCACCGAGGUGGAGCAGCUGCACAAGAUAUUCAAGCUGUGCGGGUCGCCCAGCGAGGAGUACUGGCGGCGCUCCAAGCUGCCGCACGCCACCAUCUUCAAGCCCACGCAGCCGUACAAGCGCGCGCUGAGGGACCUCUUCAAGGACUUCCCCGCCACCGCGCUCAACCUGCUCGACGUGCUGCUCUCCAUCGAACCCACCGACCGUGGUUCCGCCACCUCCGCGCUCGCGCACGAGUUCUUCACGACGAAGCCGCUGCCAUGCGACCCAGCGUCACUACCGCAGUACCCGCCCAGCAAGGAGUACGACGCCAAGCUGCGCGACGAAGAGGCCCGCAGGCAGAGGGCGGCAGGGGCGAGGGCAGGCAAGGUGCUAGACAGCAGCGCCAGCAGCAAGCAGGCGGCGGCGGGGCAGGGCGCGCAGCGCAGCAGCACGUCACAGCAGCAGCCGCAGCUGCAGCAGCAGAGCCAGCAGCGGUCCAGCCGGGCCGUGCCGGCGCCCCACGCCAAUGCGGAGCUGGUGGAGUCCAUCAACAUCCAGAAGGCGACGGGGGGCAAGGCGGCGAUAGCGAAGAGCAAGAGUGAGAAGUUCAUCAGUCCGGCGGAGAUGGCGCUGGCAGCGGGGCUGCAGGGGCUGGGCCCGCACACCAAGGCCGUCGACACGCCCGACGGACUCAAGGCGCUCAAACCCGCCGACGCCAACGACAAGCUCAGGGGGGCGGCGGCGGGCGGCAAGAGCUUGUCCGCCACCACGUCGUGGGUGCAGGGGCCCUCCUUCUCCUCCGCGACCACCGCUGCUGCUGGCGCCGCAGGGGGCGGGGCCGGGGCGGGGGUGGGGGGAAGGAACGUGAGUGGGGAGGUGGGGAUUGGGGAGAGCAAGCAGGGGGGGCUGGUGCGGACGGGCAGUGCGGGCCGGAGCAAGGGGGGUGUGAACCCCACAAGCCAUGAGCUGUCGGCGGCCGGGGUGGCGGCUGCUGCUGGCGUGGCGGGUGUGGGGUCUGGCAGUGCGGCGGGCACGGGCGCAUCAAAGGACUUCUCCACGGGGUCAUCGCGCGACCUCACCGAGUCGAGAGAUGCUGCUCUGCGGAAAUGUGCUGUCUGUGCUGCGUGCGCCCAACCCACGUGCUGUGCUGCUCCUGCAUGUGCUGCCUGUCAUGCUGGCUGCGGCGCUGCUCUCAACAGCAGCACCACCAAGGCCCGCCUGCACAAGACCCGGUCAGGGGAGUUGUCACAUCUGCCCGGUAAAUCCGGGAGUAAAUCGCGAAACAGCUCGAUGGACGAGAGGCAUCGGCGUGAGAUCGAGGCGCUGUUUGCAUCGGCGUCCAUGUCCGGCGUCCUGCCGGGCGGGCUGCUGGGGAGCGGGGGGGACGGGGAUAGGGGCAGGGACAAGGGCAGGGAGCGCGAGCAGCAGCGGCCGAGCAGCAGCGGCGGGCACGGGGGGGGCAGCAGUGGGCCGAUGCGCAUGUCGACACGCAAGGCGGGGGGAGCGGGACAGGCGGAGAAGAGCAAGGUGGACCAGAAGACGUGGAUGCUCAUGGGCGCCAAGGGCGAGCUGCCUCCCGGUGUCGCUGCUGCGCUGGCCGCCACGCGCGGCGAGGGCCACAGCCACUCGCUCAACGCCGUCGCUAGCAGCAGCAGCCUUGAGAGAGGAGGCGGGGGUGGAGGAGGAGGGGGAGGGGAGGACCGUGCAGUGGUGCGCAGCAGCAGCAGCAGCGGGGAGCGGGGGGCGGCGGUGGAGGUGAGUCCGCGGGGGCGGCCCGUGUCCACGUUCGCCGUGGAGUUCAGCCCGCGCCGCGCCAGCCCCAGGCGCCCGGGCAGCGGCAGCGGCAGCAGUGCGGGCGGCAUGCGCGGGGCGGCGGCGGAGGGCAGUCCGCGGCGGCGGUGGUCGCCCAUGCGGGAGGGGUCGCCGCGGGGGGCCGCUCGGCCCAAGCGCAGCGUGGUGGGCGUGUCGCCCUCGCGAGGCGGCAGCGGCAGCGCCGGGGGCAGCGGGGGGAGCAGUGCGCACAGGCGACGGCCGUCGGGGGGCAGUGGGGGAGGGAGUGGGGGAGGGGGAGAGUCGCAGCAUGUGGGUUUGGAGGGGGGUGUGGUGCGGCCAGGCGCCGUUGCUUCCUCUGGCACUUGCUCUGCUGUGGGCCACAUUUCAUUUGUAGGUCAGCUGCGUUUCCGCAUCCAGAGCGCCUGUGAGCACUGGGAUGCGAACAUGUUUUAUACGGCUCGUGCCAAGGUGCCAUAUGGAAACCACCUUGCCGUCACCUCUCCCUCACUCCCCGCCGUCGCCUCUCCUCACCCCCCACCGUCGCCUCUCCCUCCCUCCCCGCCGUCGCUCUCCCUUCCUCCUCGUCGUCGCCUCUCCCUCCCUUCCCGCCGUCGCCUUUGCGCGCUGGCGCCUAACGGGCUGGCGCCAAACGCGCUGGCGCCUAACGCGCAGGCGCCUAGCACGCUGGCGCUUAAUGCGCUGGCACCUAGCGCGCUGGCGCCUAAUGUGCAGGCGCCUAGAGCGCUGGCGCCUAACGCGCUAGCGCCUAGCGCGCUGGCGCUUGCUGCGCUGGCGCCUAACGCGCUGGCGCCUAGCGCGCUAGCGCAUAGCGCGCUGGCGCCUAAUGCGCAGGCGCAUAGCGCGCUGGCGCCUAACUCGCUGGCGCCUUACGCGCUAGCGCCUUACGCGCUAGCGCCUUACGCGCUGGCGCCUAACGCGCUGGCGCCUUACGUUUGGCGCCUUGCAGCGCGCUGGUAA